GUGCAGUUCUAAUCAAGACUCAAGAGGUGUCCUCCAAAGACUUAUCAACUACCAAUUCUGCACCACAAACCGCCAUCCAUUGAGAGUGAGAUAUCGCCAUCAUCACCAAUACCAUCACAACUGCCAUCAUCACCACUAUCACAAGUGUCGUUUUUCAUCGUAGUUCGAGUGUGGAAUCAACCCGGGGAUGAGUUUUAUGGCCCGCUCGCGAUCUUGAGUGAAAAUUCUUGGACGAUUGGGGCGCAUCACGGACAACAAUACUAAGAAACAGUUAUACUUUCGAGAGAUAGUCACCGAUCCCCUGCCAAACUCUGUUGCAACUGGCUCAACCACCACUACCACCAUCAUCAUUAUCCCCAUCCAAGCCAUUGGAAAAUUUUAGAUCAGAGCCACGAUGAAUAGCAAAGUGAAAACACCAAGCCUGUUGCUUUGUCUUGGGUUUAUUUUAAGUGUUUCUCAAAUUUCUUGGUCACAAUCGACCUGCAGUUAUGAGAGUGAUUGUGACGUCGGAUUCCAAUGCAUCGGAGCCAAAGGAAAUUGCAUGUUACCGGCGUUCUGGAAGGGUCCGAGAUAUGUGGAGUGUUCCAGUACCAGCGAAUGCCAACAACACGUGCUUCUCAUCAGUCAGUGCAUAAUUAAGAGAUACGGGACUUGCCUUCCUGAAGAUGAAUUAUGUCGAAAUCAAGAAACAUGGACCAAAAAAUGUCCAGAGGGAUUACUUUGUGAUGCAUCUAAAGUGUGUGUCAAUAUGACCGGAGUAGCAGAUUUUCAAAUUGGAGAGAGGGAUCCCACAGAAGAGCUUAUUUUCUCCUUGUCACCCAAUCUGGUCAACUUUUUAGCACCAGCUCAAGGAAUGGGUGCCCAAGAUAAUCUCCAAUUUGGUCGGGCAGCCAACAAGGAAUGUCUAAAAUUGAGCGAUUGUGGUCGGGGUGAGUUCUGA